CACAAGCAACAAUUUAAUAUUGCAGAUAACAGAAUUUUUCUUUCUUAGGAAGACUAUGAUCGUCUGAGACCUUUAUCUUAUCCUAUGACCGAUGUCUUCCUUAUCUGCUUCUCAGUGGUAAAUCCUGCUUCAUUUCAAAAUGUGAAGGAAGAGUGGGUACCGGAGUUGAAGGAAUAUGCACCUAAUGUUCCCUUUUUACUAGUAGGAACACAGAUUGAUCUUCGUGAUGACCCAAAAACUCUGUCAAGACUGAAUGAUAUGAAAGAGAAGCCGGUAUCUGCGGAGCAAGGACAGAAGUUAGCAAAAGAGAUAGGAGCCUACUGCUAUGUGGAGUGUUCAGCCUUAACACAGAAAGGACUGAAGACCGUUUUUGAUGAAGCUAUUAUAGCCAUUCUAACUCCAAAGAAACACACAGUGAAGAAGAGAAUAGGCUCAAGAUGCAUAAACUGCUGUCUGAUCACGUGAGAUACAUUUGACAAUGGCCAGGCUUACUGUGAAAUUCUACUGAAUUUAAAUGCAAUGCAUUAAGUACACAGCGAACUUGUUACAGGUUUGAAAGGUAAAACUAUGACUCUGCCUUCUGCAACCAGUGAAAUCCAGAGGAUUAAAAUCAAACUCAACGAACUUGAAAUAAGAAGCCAACACAUCUGUUACAAGCAUUUUAUUCAGACUGGAAGGUACAAUCUCUCAGGGUUACAUAGUCUCGAAGAAGCAAAAACUGCACCAUGUUGAAAUGGCAUCCGAGUGAUUUUAUUGAGAGGAGAUGCUUGGCCUGAAAUACUCUAAAUAGUUUUGGAUAGUCUCCUGCUUUGACUAUACAUACAUACAUAUAUAUAUCUUAUAAAAACAAC